UUGUCGACCGCUGUCAAUCAACGCAGGGGAAUGCGGCGGAAGUGCGCCACACAAACACAUGUCCCAUGACUGCGCGUCGUAGGUGGGGGGUGGGUUUGCGCUGGGUCUUUUCUGAACGUGGGCGGUUUUCCCAACAGUGUGACUGCAAUCACCGGCGGAUUCACUCCUAAACUCCCCAUCUCACCGACCAUGAAGAUCUGGACAUCGGAACACAUUUUCAACCAUCCUUGGGAGACAGUCACCAAGGCUGCGAUGCAGAAGUACCCCAACCCCAUGAACCCCAGUGUGUUUGGGGUGGAUGUGUUGGACCGUAGUGUGGACACACGGGGACGCCUGCACAGCAACAGGCUGCUGAGCGCUGAGUGGGGCCUGCCCUCCAUCGUCAAGUCGAUCAUUGGCAGAACACAGACGUGCACAUACAUCCAGGAGCAUUCUGUAGUGGACCCCAUUGAAAAGACAUUCGAGCUUCAAUCUUCAAAUAUCACAUUCACUAACAUGGUGUCAGUGGAUGAGAAGCUUACAUACAGACCACAUCCUGAUGACGCAGAGAAGACGAUAUUGACUCAAGAAGCUCUCAUCUCAGUCAAAGGGGUUAGUCUGAGUAGCUACCUGGAGGGAGUUAUGGCUAGCACCAUCUCUGCAAACGCAGGCAAGGGUCGUGAGGCGAUGGAGUGGGUGAUCAGGAAGCUAAAUGCAGAGAUCGAAGAGCUGGCAGCCGCCGCCCGCGGCACCAUAAGGCCUCCCAUGGCUGCUGCUAUGACUGCAGAGAAAUGAUACCUCUAAGUUCCCAACGACCAGCCUGGGGACAUUGUUCUUCUCCUGCGUCAGAACAGACUCCACCUCCCUUUAGACUCCACCUCCCUUUAGACUCCACCUCCCUUUAGACUCCACCUCCCUUUAGACUUGUCUGAUUCUCAUCAACUGGACAGGAAUCAGAUCUACAAGUUUGAUUACAAUUUAAGUACUGUAUUUAUUGUUAUUAUUUAAGUACUAACUGAAAUGAAGGGAACAACGGUAAUCCUAGUAUAUAUAUAUUUUUUAAACAUUUUAUAGGCGAGGAGCAUCUCAAAUGCAGUGUCUGUUGGAGUAGAAUCUAUUCUCAGUUGCUCUGUGCCCAAGUUUGAGACUAGAGCAGGUCAUGUUAUCAGCAUGCAGUAGUACUAUAGCCUCAGGGACCGUGUCAAAUAUAGAGGACGGUUCAUGCAAUCACCUAUAACAGACAGAACAAGAACAGGUUCAACAUGCUGCAUUUUAAUACCGUCUUCCCUGCGUAAAGCUGCACCUAAACUAAGAAUGGUAAGGCGUGGUUGGGGUUUUUCAUACUUGACCGUGACAUAUAUUUAUUGCGUGAAGUCACUGACAAGGGGGGGGAGUAAACUGUGACUUUGGGAAGAAGAAACGGAUAAGAAACGUACGAUUCCUCACGGAAUAUUACUAAUGGAUUGUUCUUCGGUGCCUCAGAAGUCUGACCCUCUGCCAGCACAAAAUGUCUGUGUUCUCAGAGUGUUAUGACCUCAACAAUGAAUGCAUUUUCUAACGCACAUACUGUACAGAAGAGAGGGGUCGUGCUCCGGGCCCUCCAGUAAUAUUCUGCAUUCUCUCCCAAGAGUGAAACUAAGUAUUUAAAUAAUAAGUGUUUUGGUUAAAUGUUCUGUACUGCUAUAGCCUCCAGUAUGUUAUGGAAAUGUCUGCUAUGUUUGACGUAUGGAGAGAAUGUAUUAUUUAUUUGAUGUGUAUAUAGAGAGAUGAAUGUGUUUUUUAAUUUGGUUGUAAACAAUGGUACUUGUUGUCAGUGGUACUUACAGCCUGGGAUGUCCAGUAUAUAUUCUAGAUCAUAACCCUUGAGGAGAUCAAAUGCCUCUGCUACCAACUCUAAGGGACGGUUUCCUGUACGCAGAUCAAGUUUAACACUGUACUAUUGAUAUGUUGUGUUUUUAAUCCAGGACUAGGUGUAAUCUGUGCAAACCUGACCAGAAUGUUUUGUCUUGUUUCUAUGGUGACAACUUGUGUUGUCGAGGGCGAUACGUCAAGGAAAGGAAGAUGCUACAGUGUGAUGUAUGCAUUCCAAAAACCAUGCCAGUUUGCAUUCUCAAUACAAUUGUGUUAUGUUGCCAGAGUCAGUUCUAAUAUGCUUUUACAGUGGUAAUGUCAAAUAUUCCUGGUUUGUUAAUGAAUGUUCUGUUCUGACCUGAUGUUAGAACAAAGGGACAUGUUGAUCGUUCUAACAUGUAAGGAGGAAUUUUGUGGGUGUUUUUAAAAAAUAUAUUUAUUUUUUUUACCCAUAUUUAGAAUACAAUAACUUAACUCUACACCUGCACAACAAUAAAACUCAGUUGGUGCUGAAGUCAUAAUGGAUUUGAAUGCUUCUGUAAACUCAAGUUCCAAAUGGUCAAACAGAAAUGAAGACCAGGCAUGUUGGUUUACAUGAAAGAAAUAAAGUCCUCUAAAAUA